GGGGUCUCUUUCUGGAGUGCCAGUUUCUCUCUUCACUGUUUCUGUGUGUGAUUCUGUCUGGCCCCGUACCCUUCUCUGGCCCUGUAGCUGUACUUUCGGGGACGUGUAAAAGAGUCAGUCAGAGAUGGAAAAGAAAGGUGAUGUCAUACUUGGGGUCGAGGACGAAUCCGGGCAACCUGUCUCGGCCCUGUCCAUUCUCUCUCUGCUGGAACGCGUGUCUACGAUCAUCGAUGGCGUCCAGGCCAGUCAGCAGCGUAUGGAGGAACGGCAGCAGCAGCUCGAAAGCUCCGUCAGCGCCGUCCAAUCAGAGCUGAUCAAGCUGACUCGCGACCACACUGCCACAGCGACCACCGUUGACAAACUGCUCCAGAAAGCCCGUCGCGUGAGCACACACGUUAAAGAAGUGCGUUCACGUGUGGAGAAGCAGAACGUGCGUGUGAAGAAGGUGGAAACUACACAGGAUGAGCUGCUCACGCGUAACAAGUUCAGAGUUGUUAUUUACCAGGGAGAAACUGAAGUUCCCUCUGUUGCCGUCACCAAGGUCCCAAAAGGGCCAGGGUUAGCUAACCUGGAGGUGGAACCAGACGAAUAUGACGUCCCCGCUGACAUAUCAUCCGAUGAAGAGUACAUGGUGGUAGAUGAGGCGGAGUCAUCCCGAGGGGCACGUCUAAAGCAGAGCGGAUUAAAGGGUCUCGAGAACUUCAAAGCAGCGUUCUCCAAAGAGAACAUGAACAAGACACGUGACAAGACCCGAGACAACCUCAACAAAACCAAGGAGAGCCUGAGUAAAACAGGCCAAACGCUUGGAACCAAAAUCAACCACUUUGGUGAGAAGAUUGUGCCUCCUGAGCAGCGUGAGAAGAUGCGGCAGAGCGGAGAGCGGCUGAAGGAUAACAUCGCAAAGAAAGCACCCAAUAAAGAAUCGUUCCGCAUCAAACUGAAGAAGGAACGUACUGUCGCUGAGGGCCAAGAGGGUGCGGAGGCGGAGCUUGCAGUGACUCCACCCAAAGGGAGGAAGUCAAGCCCAGACGUGACCUAUACAGAGGUGGUUACUGAGAGUAAGAGGGAGGGUCCAAUAUCAGAGGAAGGAGCCACUCGUAUCCAUGAGGAUUGAAAUGGGGAAAUCACCACAGAAGUAAAAAAGAAAGUCAAGGAAAAAGUGAGAACCAGAGAAAGUAGUUUGUGAAGGUUAAAUGGAAGAAUUUUCAUAUGUUUUCAAACAAUAAAUCGAAUUGAUAUCCUUUAUAUAACCUAAGGCACCUUGUAAAACAUUAAAAUAUUAAUAUAUUAAAAAACA